AUGUUUCGAAAAUCUAGAGGAGUUGUGACUGCCAAACGACUGACCAUCACUGGUUCCGAUUCGCCAAGCAAUUCCCCCCUCUCCAUAAUCAUGACGAAACAUAACAGCAACAUAGUUUCUUUAUUGCGAAAAUUUUCAUCAUCUUCUUCUUUGAUAAAUAGGCAAUUGUCUACGAGUAUAAUACAUUUAAAUAAUAGCAGCAUCCAUGAAACAAAUAACAUCAUCAAAAGGAUUAGGAUUGGUUCUGUCGAAUUAUAUAAUUAUUCAAAAGUGGAUGAAAAUAAUGAUGACCCACUAUUAUCCGUUCCCAAUUUUUCAUUAUUCGGAGAAGAUAUUUCACAGCAGCCAGAAAUUCUCUCUCAUUUAAAGUGGAUGGCCAUGAAAGACAAGUUGGGUCAAGACAUGUUUUUAAUUGGUCAUUAUGGUGAAUUGAAGAGACAGCUGGCAUUUACUUAUUGCCAACUCGCAAAACGAAAAAUUGAAUACGUGUGCAUUACUAAAGACACAAGCGAGCAUGACUUUAAACAACGAAGAGAGAUUGAAGCUAAUUCAGCAUACUACGUGGACCAAGCUGCUGUUCGUGCUGCAAAGAAUGGUUCUAUAUUAAUAAUGGAUGGAUUAGAAAAGGCAGAUAGAAAUAUUUUACCAAUUUUGAAUAAUCUCAUGGAAAAUAGAGAAAUGGCUCUCGAAUCAGGUACCAUGUUAAUUUCUCCCCAGCGUUAUAAACAAUUAAUCGAGGAGGAAGGAAAAACAGAGGAGGAGUUAAGAUUAAUGAAAAUUGAGCCAACACAUGAGGACUUUAGAAUUAUUGCAAUGGGAUUACCGGUUCCUCCAUAUGAAGGCAAUACCUUAGAUCCUCCUCUUCGAUCUAGAUUUAACUGCAGAGUCAUUGAUCUUCCGAGCAUUGAGACAAUUUUUAAUUCGCUUGUGAAUCAUCACAAAGGUGAUCCCGAAAAGUUUUUCUCGUUUUUAACCAUCGAUCAAAAGACUGAAUUAUUUUCUACAUUGAUUCGAUUCACACAGUCUAUUAUACAAGUGGACAAUAUUUUAAUGAGCAGCAAGACAUCAAUUAACACGGACACUAAGACGGGUGCCAUAGAAUUAUUACCACGCUUUUCAAUUGAAAACUUGAAGAAUUUAUUGGAAAUGAUUAAUGAAUAUCGCUAUGAACUUGUGAAAUCUAAAGACCAAGUGAAGAGGCUGUUUCACAUUCUAUACCCAGCAACCUUGUUUUUACGGAGAGGACAACAAAAGGAUCCAGUUGAAAAGCAGGAGAAUCAUCACAAAAUGAUUGAAAUUAUUGAGGAACAAUUGGAUGAAUGUGCAUCCUCCGUUUAUCAUAUACUUUCAAAAAGCUGUAUCACUCCCAUGGAUCAUACCAAUCAUCCACAUCACACAUUCAAAGAUAAUUUCCAUGUCACUCUCGAAGAAUUCAACAACAUUGGAUUUAGCCCGAUUGAAAAACACAAAAAUUUAUUAGAAGAAAUGAUCAAAUCACACAAUUGCAACAGAGAUAUAUGUCUAGUUGGACCUAAAGGCUCUGGAAAAUCACUUAUAGCUCACGCCUUUGCUUCCAUGUUGCGCUACAAGACCACCAUUGUAUUCCCUCUGUACAAAGAAAUGACUUCUAAAGAGCUCUUGCAAAAAAGAGGAACUACUACGAGCGGAGAUACCGUGUGGAAAAACUCUGUAUUAAUUGAUGCCAUGAAGGAUGGUCAUAUUUGUAUACUGGACGGAGUGGAUCGAGUUGGUACUGAUAUUUUACUGUCCAUACAAUCAUUAAUUCAAGAAAGAGUACUGUUUUUGUACAAUGGUACUAGAUAUAUUUCUCAUAAUUAUUUUGAUAGGCUCAUGAAAGAGGGAAACUUUUCCGAGAAGGACUUGAACUCUAGAGGAAUUUUCCGAAUACAUCCAACAUUUAGAGUAAUUGCCAUCGGAUUAAGUGAGCAGCUGGAUUGGCUUUCUUUGGAAUUAUUUAACAUGUUCCAUUUUCAUAUUGUACCCAAUUUAUCGGUUGAAGAAGAAGUCACCUUAUUGAGCUAUAGAGUUGGAACCGAGUCAAAACAGCAAAAAGAAUAUGAUUUCAUUCGCUCCCUUGUUUUGAUUAAGAAUGAAUAUAAUAAUCAUGAGCAGAACCAAGAUCAAAGAUUACUUUCAACGAGAGAUUUAAUUCGAAUUGCUAAACGAGCAAUGAGUUUCAAAGAUGAAACUUUAUUAACUUCGUUAGAGAGAACCACUAUGACCUAUCUGCUUCCAAAGCAUCAUUCUGAUUUACUGAAGAAGAUUGUCCAAAAAUAUAGUGAUAUUAAUUCUCCAGCAACCAGCGAACAAUCGGAAAUUCAAAUCGAGAAAACGUCUAAUCAUUUAAGAAUUGGUGAUGUCCAAGUAGAACUUCAUCACCAUGCUAAUUUAUUACUUGUUCCAAAGCCAUAUUUUGUAGACAAUCAAAGUCAUGCAACUGUAAUGAAGGCCAUGCUAAAGGACCACAUAUUAAUGGAUCACACUCUUCUCAUUGGCUAUCAAGGAGUUGGAAAAAACAAAAUUACAGAUCAAUUUAUUAACUUGAUGCAAUGCGAGCGAGAGUAUAUGCAGUUACAUCGUGACAUCACCAUAGCAUCACUAACAGUUGUUCCAUCGGUUGUUGAUGGUGUGUUAAAAUAUAUUGAUUCUCCAUUAGUAAGAGCUGUAAAAUAUGGAAGAAUUUUAGUUUUGGAUGAAAUUGACAAAUGUAAUAUCGAGACAGUGUCUAUUUUGAAAUCACUCAUUGAAGAUGGCAACAUGGUGCUAGGCGAUGGAAGAACAAUUGUCACCAUGAAAGAGUAUGAACGAAGAAGACAACUGCAAGAGGCCAAUUUGGAUCGUCUUCUUCCAAUUGCGAAAGGAUUCCGAAUCAUUGCCCUAGCAAAUCCUCCAAACUUUCCUUUCCAUGGUAAUGAAUUUUAUGCUUCGAGUGGCGACAUUUUUUCGACUCAUUUCGUCAGCAAUGUGGACGUGGAUAGUGAAAUUAAGCUCUUACAAAGUUAUGGUCCAAAUGUACAAGAAUUGAUUAUUCGAAAGUUGAGCGCUGUGUUUAAUGAUUUGAGAGUAGCAGUUGAGGAUGGAAUUAUUCAAUAUCCAUAUUCAACGAGAGAAUUAGUACAUAUUGUCAAACAUUUGCAGGCAUUUCCAUCUGAAACUACUCUUCAGGAUGCCAUUGCCAAUGUUUUUGAUUUUGAUUCCUUUGAUAGAGAGACAAUUGAAUUUCUAAGCAAGGUGUUCCAAAAACACGAAAUUCCAGUUUCAUUUAAAAAUUCAGAGCAGUUUUCGAUACGUAUCGCUCAAGAAAUACCACUCAUCAAAAGUAAUGAGGGAAAGAAUAUGUGUGUACUUUUGAACAAUGCAACACUGACAAAUUCCUGUGAAAUUCAACAAGUAUCCUUUUUCAUUAACAAUUAUAGAAGUCCUCAAAUGUACUAUUCAGCCUAUGAAGAACCAGAUUCCGGAGCUUUUGCAACAAAAAAUCCUUCCGACAAGUACACUAAUUUAAUGGAGUUUAGUGAGCUUCGCUAUGUAAUCAAUUUGCCAUGUAAUAAGGCGAAAAGUAUAGUUUCUUUGGAAGACUCUAUACAUGUACUUUCAGUUUCGAGUCCAUUUGGUUUCAUUCAUUUUGAAAGCAAUCAAUGUGAUUCUUUCACUGUCACCGAACUUUAUCCACUGCAUUCUCGACUUGGAACUGGUUCUCAUUUCUUUUCCUUAAAAAAACUAAAUACCAUUGCCUUAAUGAGCGCCCAGGCUCAAAGACCAGAUAGAUUUUCCCCUCUUUCUUCAAUAUUGGAUUCUAUGGAUCAUAGUACUUCGAUGGUAGACGUAGAGCUGUAUGGAUUUUUAUACAACCCUAAAGGAAACAAGAAAUUCAAUGUUGAAAUUUCAUAUCAAGAGAAGAUUCACAAAUCAAUGGCUAAGAGAGCACGAGAAAUUCCAUUUCAAAUAUUAACCGAGUUUACUGAUUCUCAUUCCAUGUGUUUGGUGUUUCAACCUGGAUCCUUCUCAAUUGCAGUGUUAAAUUUUUCAACCUGGGAUUCUUCCAAACCUGUUCGUAAAGGAGCUCUUCCUCACACUGUCCAUGUAAUACAUCUCCCAUUCCCAAUCGAUUCAAUCAAGUGGAUCUCAUCAAAUUCAUUCCUUGUAUUAGAACAUGACGAGGUAGCAUCAAUUUGGAGACUCGUUGAGGUUGUGAUGGAUGGAAAUGAGUGUAAAACAAUCAUUAAGCAAGUGAACGAGCUUUCAAACAUCACUCUCAAGAAUUUUGAUUUAUUCACUUGCUUUGGAAAUGAAAAUACGCACCAACUAUUUGCAAGACCCAACAAUCAACUGCUUUCUGAAAGCAUUCUUAUCAGACACUUGGUUAAACGCGAUGACUAUCUCACCGUUCAAGCAGAUUUAUCGUUGCAGAAAGGAAAUCCCAACAUUUCUCAUGUGGACAUGUCCUUCCUUAAAAAGACGAACCAAUUACUCUUGAUUCAUCAUAGAGAUAGCUCCACUAAUGGUGUAACCAUGGACGUGUUGAAUUUUCAACGAAACACUUAUCGUAAAAUUACACCUCCCGAAAGAAUACUCAACUCUUCCUCUAAUUGUAAUACUCCUUCCUCAUUCACUUACAAUUCAUUUGUAGAGCUCAGUAAUGGAUAUGUGGCAAUUCUCCACGCUGAAAAUCAAAUGCUUCUUUUUAAUCUUAAUAUUGACAAAUUGUCCGAGGAAGCCCUUAGUUGGCAACAGUACAACACUACAAGAACGUCCGUCAAAGAAUCACUUCAAAUAGAAUAUAUCGAUCAAAAUAGAGAAGCAACAUUUCCAAAGCAUGGUAAAGAAGAUGAUUUACCUCAUGUUGGAGGUAAUACAUUUGCUGGAGGUUCGGGAGGUAGUGACACUGCAGGAUUAGGUGGAUUUGGUGGACCCUAUCGACUAGCAAAGAAAGGAAAUCCCGUUUUACAAGUUUCAGACGAAGUGAAAAAGAAAGUGAGUAAGGAAAUACUUGAACGUGCUAGAAAAAUGGCUGAAGAAGCUUAUCAAAAAAGACUUCAAGAAAUCGACAUGUCUAAGGAUGAAAUGAAUCUCUAUGCACAAUACAAGAAUAAUGUCACACAACAAAUUGAUCAAUUAAGAAAAACACUAAGCUCACUAAAAUGGAAAGAUGAAGAGGAGGAACGUGUUUGGGUUAAAAACCAAACCAGUGGCGAAAUAGACGAUAACAAGAUUGUUGAAGGAAUUGUAGGAGAAAAGAACAUUUACAAAAAGAGAGCCAAUCAAGAUGAAAAACACAAAUCCCAUCGUUUACCUAAAAAGAAAAAAAUUCAUUUUGUCAUGGAUGUCUCUGCUAGCAUGUACAGGUUCAAUGGACAAGAUGAACGAUUGGACAAACUUCUUGAAAUUGCUGUCAUCAUUAUGGAAAGUUUCAAAGGAUUUGAGGAUCGAUAUGAAUACAAAAUUACUGGACAUUCUGGUCAAACGAGUUGUCUAGAUUUAGUCCAUCGAGGAAAACCACCUCAAGAUGAAAAAGAACGUCUCAAAGUUCUCUUGAAAAUGCAUGCUCAUUCUCAAUAUUGUUGGAGCGGAGAUUCGACAUUAAGGGCCAUGAAAGAAGCAUCCAAGCAAAAAGAUUGUGAUUUUGUGGUUGUGUUUUCAGAUGCCAAUUUAUCGAGAUAUGGAAUUGAACCUCAAGAUUUAGCUAGAGCUCUCAAGAAACACGUUUUUAUUGUGUUUAUUGCAUCCAUGUUUAAUGAGGCACAACAAUUAACACAAGCUCUUCCAUCCUCCAAUGGAUUUGUGUGCUUGGAUACUCGAGAGUUAUCGACAACGUUCAAAAAGAUUCUUUCUCAAAACAUUUUGAAAUGA